UUGGCAGAUAUGAGGCCAAUGCUGUGGUGCUGAGAGCAGUGCGUCGUGCAUGCAGGAGAAGGACAGAGAGGAGCGUUUCUCUGAGGGAGAAGUUUGAUGGAGGUGCUGAAGAUGGCGGAUGGAGACAGCGGGAGCGAGCGCGGGGGCCUCCAAAACGUACAGCGGGAGCAGGAGACCCAAGAGCUGGCGUCCAAGCGCCUGGACAUCCAGAACAAGCGCUUCUACUUGGACGUCAAGCAAAACGCGAAGGGCCGCUUCAUUAAGAUAGCGGAGGUUGGCGCCGGGGGCUCCAAGAGCCGCCUGACUCUUUCCAUGUCCGUGGCGGCCGAGUUCCGCGACUAUCUCGGGGAUUUCAUCGAGCAUUACGCCCAGCUGGGGCCGAGCAGCCCGGAGCAGAUCGCGCAGUCGUCCGGCGGCGAUGACGGCGUCCCGCGGCGGGCUCUGAAGAGCGAGUACUUAGUGCGUGAGAACCGCAAAUACUACCUCGACUUGAAGGAGAACCAGCGCGGGAGGUUCCUGCGCAUCCGUCAGACUCUCAACCGAGGUCCCGGCUUCGGCGUCGGGGGAGGGGGCGGUCCCGGAGGCAGCGUGCAGGCCGGCCAAACCAUCGCGCUGCCGGCGCAGGGCUUGAUCGAGUUCCGAGACGCUCUGGCAAAGCUCAUCGACGACUACGGCGGGGAGGACGAGGAGCUAAGCGGGGGGCCCGGGGCCGCGGUGGCCUACGGCGAGCUCCCAGAGGGCACAUCCAUCAUGGUGGACUCCAAGAGGUUCUUUUUCGACGUCGGCUCCAACAAGUACGGCGUGUUCCUGAGGGUCAGCGAGGUCAAGCCCAGUUACAGGAACUCCAUCACAAUCCCCUUCAAGGCCUGGGGGAAGUUCGGAGGAGCCUUCUGCCGCUACGCCGAGGAGAUGAAGGAGAUCCAGGAGAAGCACCAGGAUAAGGUGAACGAGAGGAGAGAAGAGUCCGAGGGCGAGGACGUGGACGACGACUGACCCCAGGAGAUGUGUGAAACAAUAAGUGCAUGAACUGAACUCAAAAUAGCCUACUAAAAUAUUCAUCCGAGAGAAAAAAUAGAUCUGUGAAGUUUCAAUGUGGUGAGGUUUUGGGGAGGGGGGGUCGUCUAUUAUUGAAGCCAUGGGGCCAAGGAUGUCUCGUGGGUUUUGAUUUAUUUCUGAUGCUGCCCUGUCCUGUGAAACCAGCGGGUUUAAUUCUCUUAGUUAGCAAUUAAACCUUUGUUACAUCAGCGCUAAGGCUGCUGAAUUAUGAUAAAACCAGGCUAUAAGGGUGCAUACUGUCCAACACAUUUUUAGAGGAGAUACAUUUAUAUAUACAGUAUACAUAUAACCGUCACUGGCCAUGGUGUGUUUCCUAUAGACGCAGCAUGAGUCUUUCUAAACCUACAUCAGAAGUUGUGUUCUCAGAUGAUUUUUUUUCCCUUUUAUUGACCGAUGUUCCCCAAGUUAUUAUUUUAGGCUUUUUGUUCUCGCAUCAACAUGAGUUUUAUUUGGCCAAUUUGAUUGAGCGUUGAAAUAUUUUAAAUUAAGAUUAGGAGCAGUUUGACCCCUGAUUUUGUGUUUGUGUGUCUCCGCUGUUCAUGGCGAGACUUAUUAAAGUCAUAAUCUGACUUCAUUACAGGCAUUAUUGAUGGAAAUGAUUGCUUUAUGGUGUUAUAUCUUGACACUAUGGACCGGUGGGAUAUUUUGGUUUCGGGGUCAACA